GAGGACAGAAGCAUGAUGCCCAGUCCGGACCAGCCCGAGCCCGACCUGCCCUGGGGACAAACGGACACGGUGACUCUUCUGGACACUUUCAAUGUGCAGUGUGGGUCCGUGCCAGCCGAACUGGAGGACGGCAUAUGCACUGUGCACAUGCCCGCCCUAAGCAGGGAGGAGAAGAGGCGGAAGAGGCGCGCGACAGCCAAGUAUCGAUCUGCGCACGCCACCAGGGAGCGCGUCCGCGUAGUGGCCUUCAACGUGGCCUUUGCAGAGCUGAGAAAGCUGCUCCCAACGCUCCCACCAGACAAGAAGUUGUCCAAGAUUGAGAUCCUGCGACUCGCGAUUUGUUACAUCUCCUACCUCAACCACGUGCUGGAUGUUUAG